GCUUUGAUCACGCUCGCUAUCAGCAUCGCACACUUUUACCACUCCCGCUUUACUCCAUGGCCACGUCAGCAGGCGCUGCGCCAGAGGCAUGGCUGCAGGAUCAGCUCCUCGCGAUGCGCGACUCGCUGCCGUUCCUCGAUGCUGACAUGGUGUCAGGCCUAGUCAGCUACUGCCCUCAGGCCUCCGAUGCUGACGUGGCAGAGUAUCUCUCGAAUAUCGUCGGCGAAUCGGAUCAGUCCAUGGCCGUAGUUUCCGGAUAUUUAGAAAGGAGGCGUCAGAUGCAGCAGGGCGGGUUGCCGGCUCAGCCGCCGCAAAAUCUGCCGCGAGAUUCGGCGCGAAACGCCCCGGGAAAGCAGCAGCAGCAGCAGCAGCAGGAUUAUAAUCACAACAGAUACAGUCACGAAAACCCUAACAUCGAGGUGUACGUGAAGCCCAAGUUCGACGAAGCUUCCGGAUCUGUCCCCGCGCCUUCCCGCAGGAGCGGCGCAGAGGGGAGGUCGGGGGAAGGGGGAAACGCAGGGGGAGCGGAGGUUCCGGGAGGGCGGGUGUUUAAGCAAGGGGCGCCGUGCGACUGCCAGGCGGCGAUCCAUCACUUAGUUAACAACUGCUUAGGGUGUGGGAAAAUAGUGUGCGAGCAGGAGGGCGAAGGGCCGUGUAAGUUCUGCGGCGUUCUAGUGCUUAAAGGAUCUGAUAGUAUGGGGGUUGUGAUGCCUGGAGUGGGGACGGAGGGGGAAUGGGAGGAGUGGGGCGAGGCGGUGUUGGGAGGGAAAGGAGGGGGAGGAGGAGGAGGAGGGGGAGGAGGGGGAGGAAUAGCAGGAGAAGCAGCAGCAGCAGCAGCAGCACUAGGAGCAGCAGGAGAAGGUUUAUCCGAAGCAGAAGCUAAGGCGCUAGCUUUUAGGGACAGGCUAGUUGAAUAUAAUCGCACCUCGGCCCAACGGACGGUCGUGAUCGACGAUCAGAGCGACUACUUCAAAUCCAACGGUGCGGAUGGCGACGGGGACGCCUGGCUGACUAAAGAAGAGAGGGAGAUUUUGAAAAGGAGGGAGGAGGAGAGGGAGAGGGAGGAGGAAGAGAGGAGGAGGAGGGUGGUUGUUACGCUCGAUCUGAUUGGUCGACGAGUGCUAGUGGCAGAUGGGUACGGGGCUGACGUGGCAGGGAACGGAGCUGACGUGGCAGGGUCUGGGGGAAGCAAACGAGGGCAGGAAGCGGGGAAGGAAGGUUCCGAAAAACGGACAACGGGUGCAAGUGGGGGGGGAGGAGGAAGAGGAGGAGCGGGAGGGGGAGGUAGUACUGGUGGAGGGAGUAUCUUCCUGAUGGGAGGGCUGGGAGAAAAGGGGGAGAAGCCUCAGGAGGAUUCAGGUUUCCACAAUCCAACAGUAAAGCAAGAGGUGAUUUCAGGGAUUAAUGUGCUUAUAAAGGGGGAGGUUGGGGGUGGGGAAAGCGGAGGAGGAGGUUCGGCAGUGGCUGGUUCGGCCCGAACCAGGCUCAUGCCGAGCCCGAACCUCCCGAUUGCAGCUCCGGUGUUCGUCAAACCUAGUGGUAAUAGUAGUAGCAAUGGUGCCGGUGGUACUAGCAGUGGCAGUGGUAGCAGUAGUAAAGGCUCUGCAGCAGCUAGUGCAGAAAGCGCAAGUGGGCAGGGAAAGAAGGGUGCAAAGGGCAAGAAAGGGCAGAGUGCGGCCGAGCUGGAGGGUGACAGAAGGAGAGGUGCUUAUAAGGAGGCCAUGGCUCGGCUGCAGCACGACUCCCCGUUAUUAGAAGCUAUGAGGGAGAUAGAGGAGGAACGAGAUCGGGACGGCCCGUGUGGCGUCCCUGCUGAGCUGGUGGGGCUUGCUGACCUGGCGGAUGAUGAAGCUGAUGUGGACGGGCGGUUUGACAUCUGCCUGCCAGCUCACAGCUCGGAGCAGAAAGGAGGAAGAGGAGGGGGAGGAAGAGGCUUACUGAGAGGAGGAUUGGGAGGAGUGGGAGGGAGGGGGUUGGAAGCAGGGAUUGAUGGGGGGAGAGGGGGGGUGCUGCAAGACGGACUGGUGCUGCUCAAAGGAUGGCUAUCGAAGCAGCAGCAGAUUGAAAUCGUGACAGAGUGCCGGCGCCUUGGCCUGGGUCCUGGAGGAUUCUACCGCCCGAAGUUUCUCAACGGCGGGCAGAUGAAACUCCACAUGAUGUGCCUUGGGCAGCAGCACUGGGAGCCGAAUCUCCGAACCUACCAGCCCCGCCGAACCUAUGUAGAUGAUGCCGUACCUCCCCCUCUUCCUCCCUCCUUCAUUUCGCUCGCCACGCAAGCCGUCUCUACUGCGCAAACCGCUGCCCAAGCCGCCUCGGGCAGCAGCAACAAAAGCAUGAUUCCAAACAUGACUCCCUCGGUCUGCAUUACAAACUUUUACUCUGCCCGGCGUGGAGCGCUAGGCAUGCAUCAGGACAAGGACGAGCCGCCCGUGUCGAUCCGCCGGGGGGCACCAGUCGUCUCUUUCUCCGUCGGAGAUUCAGCAGAUUUCCUAUUCGGGUGGCAAAGAGACCCGGAAAAAGCUGCUAGAGUGGUUCUGGAGUCUGGGGAUGUGGUGGUGUUUGGGGGGGCGUCUAGAUUGAUUUUUCAUGGGGUGCCCUGUGUGCAUGGGGGCACGGCACCUGACUGGUUGAUUGAGGAGACUCGGCUCAGGCCUGGAAGGCUGAACCUCACUUUUAGGGAGGUCUAAACUCCAAGUUUGGGGGAUGUGGCAAGGCUAGAGGUCCUGGAGUCUGGGGGUGUGGUGGUGUUCUGGGGGGAUUUCUACCAGUAGAUUGAUGUUCCGUGGUAUGGUACACCGUGUGUGCAUGGGGGGGUCUU